GGACUACAUGUGUGCCCUCCCACCAACCAACCGUUGUCUCUUUCCUCACCAAUUCAACCGGCGUCUCAAAAACUCACUUUCACGACUCUUCCAUCUCAAUUUUGUUGACUGCCUCUGCCUCUGCCUCUGCCUCUGCCGUCUCGCGAAAUUGGACUAUCUAUAAUUCAAACACUAACAAACAAUCCAAUCCAAUCACCAACUCUUCUCUCGAUCGAUCGAUCGAUCGAAUUUAUUUAUUUCUUUGGUUCUGUUUUGUGCGAAUUUUGGUGAAAUCGAAGUGAGAUUGUUGUUGUUAUCGGAGGGAGGGAGGGAGGGAGAAGAUGGGACUGCCGGAGAUUGGAGAGGAAGAAGGAGGGGGAAUAGCGAGGAGGUUGUGGGUCAAAUUUAGGGACGAUUCUAUUUUCGCCCUUUACACUCCUUUUGUCGUCUGUUUGGCCUCUGGUGUUUUGGAUCCUCAAUCUUUUCUCCAUUGUAUCUCUCAAGAUGUUUACUUCUACAGAGCUUUUGUCCAAGCGUAUGAUUUGGCAGAAGACUGCGCAGAUGAUGACGAACACAAGGCAAUAAUCCGCAAGUUGAGGAAACGUGUAUUGAAAAAGCUCAAUACCCAUGAUGAUCUCGUCCGGGAAUGGGGCUUUGAACUUCCAAGUGAGAGCAUUUCCGAUAAUGCAACAAUCAAAUAUACAGAUUUCUUGUUGGCAACAGCUUCGGGUAAAGUUGAAGGAGAAAAGUUUCAAAGUAAAAUUGCUACUCCUUUUGAGAAGACAAAACUAGCUGCUUAUACACUUGCUGCUAUGGGACCUUGCAUGAGACUUUAUGCUUUUAUAAGUAAGGAGAUCCUGGAUCUUCAAGAACUUGAUCAAAGCAAUCAAAUCUACCAGAAGUGGAUUGACACUCUCUUUCCUCCCAAAAUUUUGAGGAAACGGCACUGCAGAUUGAAGACUUACUUGAUAAGUUAAGCGUUUCUUUGACUGGCGAAGAGCUCAUAGUCAUAGAAAAGCUCUAUCAUCAAGCUAUGAAACUUGAAGUGAAGUUCUUCUCUGCUCAACCAAUUCUCCAGCAAACUGUAGUUCCUUUUUCUCAGCCUCUUGACCCAGCAGAAUGCAAUCUUAGCAUUUUUUGUGAUUUUGACAUGACUUGCACUACUAUUGAUUCCUCUGCCCUUCUGGCAGAGAUUGCAAUUAGAACAGCAUCAAAGGCUGAUCUGAAUAGAUGUGAGACCCAAUUCGCUCAAAUGUCAUCAGAUGAUCUGAGGACCACAUGGGGAGUUAUUUCCAGCCAGUAUGCUGAAGAGUAUGAACAAUGUGUAGGAAGCAUCAUGGCCGGUAAUAAAGUGGAGGAGUUCAAUUAUGAAGGUCUGUGUAGAGCACUUGAGCAACUAUCUGAUUUUGAAAAAAGGGCUAAUUCAAGAGUGAUCAAGUCUGGUGUACUGAAGGGUUUAAAUCUACAGGACAUAAAAUGGGCUGGUGAACACCUCACUCUACAAGAUGGUUGCGAAGGGUUCGUCCAAGAGAUUGUGAAAUGUGAAAAUCUGAAGAUAGAUGUUCAUGUGCUCUCGUACUCUUGGUGUGGUGAUCUCAUUCGGUCUGCUUUUUCAUCAAGGGAUCUAAAUGUUCGGAAUGUACAUUCAAAUGAGUUGGCUUAUGAAGAAUUCAUUACCACCGGUGAAAUCAUUAAGAAGGUCGAGUCUCCCAAAGAAAAGCUUCAAGCCUUUAAUGACAUCAUAAAGGGCCACAAGAUUGGAGAGCACUUGACGAUUUACAUUGGAGGUUCAGUGGGUGACUUACUUUGCCUGCUCAAAGCAGAUGUUGGCAUUGUGAUUGGUUCAAGUUCCAAUCUACGGAGGCUGGGAGAUCAGUUUGGUAUAUCUUUUGUCCCAUUGUUUUCUGGUUUGGUGAAGAAGCAAAGAGAACUGAUUAAGGACUGCUCUUCAAAUUGGAAGGGACCAUCCGGCAUUCUUUACACUGUAUCUAGCUGGGCUGAGAUACAUGCGUUCAUUUUGGGGUCAUAGAAAAACUUCUCUCUCACACACACGAGUGCCUGCACAAGGCAAGUAGGCAUACACUGUCUCCCCACACCCACAGCCUCAAAAGAAUAAAUAAAUUAUUAAAUAUACACCAAAGUUAACAUAUCAUUAGGAUAAUUUAAUAUGGUAGGACAUAUAUAGUUAUAAGAUGGUGGCUAAUUUUAGUAAUAACCACUGGUCAGCUCCUGUCAUUGAUUUUUUGUUCAAGGAGUGGCCUUCAGAGAUGAACAAUCCUAUAAUCGGGAUCAGGUGUGCUAUACUUGUUAGGUUAAGUAGGCAAUAAUGUGGUGCAAUACGCUUGAUAUUGUUAAUAUUUUGAUCAUAAUUUGUUAUUUGGAGUGAAAAAGAGGAUAGAUGUAUUAAUUCAUUUCUUGAGAGAGAUUUUCGACCUGAGUUGAUGCAUUCCUUUUUUCUUGUUUCGAAGGGCUUCUUUUAUAGGGGCAGCCAGGAUCUUAUUAGCAAAAGCAAAGGGAUAUCUGGAUUAUGAACCUUUUAUAUUCCAUUCAAACAGACCUCUAUUUUUUUUCUUUUCAUUUUUAUAAUAAUAACAGACUGUAUUGUGUAAAUAAUGAAAAUGGGGAAUUUGGCCCCAUUUUGUGUGAUUGAAAGUGAACAGAGGGUUUCUGUCAUGAUAUCCAGUGUCUAUUUUCUUUCUUGCUUUUA